GAGGAAGAAGACACAGCAGAGACCAAGUAAGUCUGAAAUCUAACCAGUGACAGACAACCUGUCACUAACCCUAAACCCUGUCACUGCUCCUGUUCCACUUAUACUUGUAACCUGUGACCUUUGACCGUUGUCAGUGUCGUAGUCCCCUGUAGCUGAAUCUGCAUAUCUCCCUCCUCUCCUCCUAUUUUCUCCUUCCCAUAUCCACUUGUCCUCUUUCCAUUCCUUCCCUGUAUCUUUGCUCUCUGUCCCAUCUACGUAACAUACUGCCCUGAGCUACCUUGCCCUGCCAUGGCUGAUGUUGCUGACUGACAGUAAGUUUACGUCCAAAAUGAUAAACAGGCCAGUGGCGGCGGCUCCCAUCCAGAGGAGCUCCAGUGUGGGAGGGGAGAUGUGCUCUCUGAACAGGAAUGAUGACGAUGAUGACGACAAGAAGAGGCGCUCAAGCUUCGGUGCUAAAAUAAUGGGGAUGGUCGGCCUCGGGAAGAAAAGCCAGAGCGCCACGCAGAUCAAUGAUGAGGAGGAGGAAGGGAAGAAGAAGAUAAUUCGUCUGCCAGUCCAGAGGAGUGUUGAGACGGGAUUGGCCAUCGAGUUCAAGAGCAGAUUGACACGGCAGGUCAGCCGAGAGUCUUCCGACCCUGACGCCGAGGCCAAGCCGGGAAAUCUUAUCUUCCCCGGUGUCCGUAUCACAUCUGACAUCCACUUCACUGAGUUCCUGGAAGGGUUGGGCCCCGCACAGCUAGCCGGUAGACAGACACUUGCCACGCCACCAAUGGGUGACAUCCAGAUAGGGAUGGUGUACAGGAAAGAACGUCUGGACGUGGAGGUCAUCAGGGCCAGAGGACUUGUGGGUAAACAAGGCAACAAGCAGCUGCCAGCCCCCUAUGUGAAAGUAUAUCUGAUGGACAACGGGAAAUGCAUAGUCAAAAAGAAAACCAGACUGGCAAAAAAAACAUUGGAUCCCCUCUACCAGCAGCAACUUCAGUUUGAGGAGAGUCCAGAGGGGAAGGUUUUACAGAUAAUCGUGUGGGGGGACUAUGGACGCAUGGACCACAAAUCCUUUAUGGGAGCUGCUCAGAUACUUUUAGAUGAUUUAGACUUAUCCAACAUGGUGAUUGGUUGGUUCAAACUGUUCCCCCCCACCUCAUUGGUGGAUCCAACUUUGGCACCUUUAACUAGCAAAGCAGCAGUAGCAGAACAAGCUGCAAAUGCAGCAAAAUUAAGGGACAGCUAACAUUGUCAUAGAAAUAAGCAACAGGAGGUAAGUCUGCCAGGCCACACCCUCUUGGGCCAAGCCCUGGUUACCCUGGUAACACUGCAUGCUUGAUGUUCUGAGCCCAUGAAGAGGGAGGGUAGAGUCUGGAGCAGGCCAUCUGAUCUUACUGCAACAAGGUGCCCCCUGCGGGUGGAACUAUCUUACUGCAACAUGGGUCAGGAAACCCUAACGCUAACCCCCCCGGGUCUACGCCCCUCCUAGGGAGGACCAGACAAGCACAUGAAGCUGUGGCAAGAAAAGGAAAGAAGAGGUGGAAUGAAUUCAGUGGUACUAGAUUUCAGUCUCUGUUAAAUCCAUGAUGAGGAAAUAGAAUAACUAAUUCAUGAGUUGGAUUAGGGUUAGUUGUACAGUUUGUCAUGACGUGGCCCUUUCUGGGUGUAGAUUGUGGCUUCCCCCUCUCUCACUGUCUCCUACACCCAGGUUCUGUUAUCUCAUGUCGUAAAUUCCUGGCGGAGGCUCUCUUCCCUUUUCAUGCAGAGAGAGAGAGACCACAGAGUGAACAAUGGAUUUCACGUGGCCGAACUCCUAAAUCCCCAAAA